GGGGAUCUGGGACACGAACUGAGUGCACUCACUGAGUGAAGACAUCAACAGGAUUUGUUGAUCCAUUGAUGAAGACGAGAGCUAAACAAACCAGCAUAUCAACUGAACUUCUAUUCUUCUCCACCCACCCAUCAAAUAACCAAGACCAUGGAGCACCACCGCCAUCAUGAAGACAAAAACAAAGAUGUGCACAAAAUGAACACAAUGGAAUCAAACGUUUUCCAAACCCAUGAAACCUCACAUGGAAUUGCAUCUGGAAACCAUCACAUGGUUUUACCAGGAAUUGCAUCUAGCAGUCAUCACAUGGCUUUACCAGGAAUUGCAUCUGGGAAUCAUCAUGAAAACGUGCACGGAAUCACAUUUGGGAGCCAUCAUGAGACCUCACAGGUUAUCAAACUCAGCAGCCACCAUGAUUCCAAACAGGUCAUCAGAACCAGUAGCCACCAUGAGACCUCGCACGUUCAACAUUCUUCCAGCCACCAGUCCUCACAUGGAUUCAGAACUGAAACCCACCAUGACUCCACAAAAGGUAUCGAAUGUGGAAUCCAUGCUGAGUCCUCAGAAAUUGUUCAAGGUAUCGAAUGUGGAAUCCAUGCUGAGUCCUCACCCAUUUUCCAAGCUACCAAAGUCUUGUCUAGUAUUGCUGGAUUUUUAGUGGAGCACACAAAAGAAAAAAUUGGCAUCUAUCAAGCUCUGCUCAAGAAGCUGGUGUCAGAAGAAGUGGCCUGCGCACUGCUGGAAGCCCAAGCGGCCACUGGUAAUAUCAUUAACCUAUUGACUAAUGAAAAGGUUUCUGUUGAAGCAGCAAUUCAGCAUGGAAUUGUUGGUCCUGAGUUCCAAGAAAAACUAAUCUCUGCAGGCAAAGCAGUAACUGGCUAUGCACUAAAAAAUGAGACUCUGUCUCUUUUCCAGGCAUUCAAGAAGGGUCUCAUUGGUAAAAAUUAUGCAAUUCGCUUCUUGGAAGCUCAAAUAGCAACCGGGGGUAUUAUUGACCAUGCAAGUGGUAACCGGGUGCAUUUGCAAGAGGCCACCAAGCUGAACCACAUAGAUGAAGAUAUGCUCGCAAUUCUCUCAGGAAAAAGUAAAUCUGCCAAGUGCUACCUUGACCCUAACACAGCAGAGGCCUCAACGUAUCAAGAUUUAUUGUCUGGUUGCAUCACAGAUCAAGACACCGGAUUACCACUGCUUCCUCUAGAAAACAGAUUUCAGGGAUUGAGGAAGCAGGUAACAGCAGCACAACUGUUCAAAGCCAAAAUUAUAAAUCAAGCUCUAUACAAUGAUAUCAAACAAGGGAAGCAGACCUUAGAGAUGGUGGGUGAACUGCAAGAAGUCAAACCAUAUCUGUGCAGUUUGGGAAUUAUCGGUGGGAUUUAUAUAGAAUGCACCAAGGAGAAGCUAAGUCUCUAUGAAGCAAUGAAAAAAAAUCUUCUUGGGUCAGAUUUAGUUGUUUCCCUCCUGGAAGCUCAAGCUGCUUCUGGUUUUAUCAUAGACCCAGUAAGAAAUAAAACUUUCUCUGUCACAGAAGCCAUUCAGGAAGGACUGGUAGGACUGGAACUCAAAGAGAAGUUACUGAGAGCUGAACGAGCAGUUACUGGGUUCAAUGACCCCUACACUGGAAGGCUGAUUCCCCUCUUUGAAGCUAUGAAUAAAGAGCUUAUUGACAAGAGUCAAGGUACAAAUCUUCUUGAAGUUCAGUUGGCUACCGGAGGCAUAAUUGAUCCAAUACACAGUUUCCAUGUUCCAGUGGAGGUUGCUUAUUCUCGAGGUUUGUUUGAUGAGGAGAUGGCUCAACUAAUAUCUGACACAGUGAACGGUCCAAAGGGGUUUGUGGAUCCAAACACAAACGACAGAGUCAGUUAUCAGGAUCUCAGGACAAGAUGCACCAUUGAUGCCGAUACAAAUCUCUACCUGCUCCCUUUAAAAGUCACUUUCCAAGGCCUAAGGGGUUCAGCUACAGGUAAAGACUUGCUUGAGUCAUUAAUCAUUGAUAAGGAAACUUAUGAAAACUUACAACAGGGAAAGAUUUCAGCACAUGACGUCUCUCAACAGGAGACAUUGAAAGGGUACCUUCAGGGGACUGGGUGUAUUGCCGGAGUGGCUGUGGUUUCCACCAAUGAGAGAAGAAGCAUUUACGAAGCAAUGAAAGAACACUUACUCAUGCCAGGCACUGCCAUUGCAUUGCUAGAAGCCCAGGCCGCCACUGGAUUUUUGCUGGAUCCAGUGAAGAAUUUGAAACUCUCCGUGACUGAUGCCAUAAAAAGUGGAUUGGUUGGACCUGAGUUGCAUGAAAAGCUACUUUCCGCUGAAAAAGCUGCUACAGGAUUUUUGGAUCCUUAUACUGGGAAUAUUCUUCCACUCCUCCAUGCUGUGCAAAAGGGUUUAAUUUUGAAAGACCAUGGUCUCCAUCUUCUAGAAGCUCAGGUUGCAACUGGCGGUGUCAUUGAUCCUGUAAGGAAACAUCGCAUGCCAUACAAUGUGGCUCACGCCCGUGGAUAUCUUGAUGAUGAUGUCAUCAAGAGCUUAGGCACACCAACAAGUGAUAUUAAAGGAUUCUUUGACCCCAAUUCAAAAGAAAAUGUUACCUAUGAACAGUUGCUGGAGAGAUGCCUUGUUGACAUCCAAACAGGGCUCUACCUCAUUCCAUUAUUUGAUAAUACUCAAGAUGCACUUAAAACACCUCAUUCGUUCAUAGAUUGCCAGACCAAAAAGGCUUUGAAAUCUACCAAAUUAACAGUAACCUUGGGGAAAUACAAAGGACAAGAAAUCUCUCUGUGGGAUCUGCUUUUCUCUGAUUAUUUUACAAUCGAGCAGAGGGAGUCUUUGAUUAAGCUCUAUAAAUCAGGUGGCCAUACGCUAGAAGAAUUAUCUACCAAGGUUAACAAGGCCAUAACUGACCUAGUGUCUACUACUAAGGUCACAUUCAAAGGACUAAGAGACUCUGUUACUCCUGGUCAACUGCUUGAAUCUGAAAUCAUUGACAAGGAUUUGUUUGAAAAGCUUGAGCAUGGUGAAACAUCAGCGAAAGAGGUGGUGAAUAUUGACACAAUAAAGAAAUAUCUUGAUGGAACAGGUGGCAUCAGUGGAUUGAUUCUUACAGAUACCCAAGAAAAAAUAAGCAUUUACCAAGCAAAACGGAAAGGCAUUUUAAGGCCUGGGACCUCAUUGAUACUUCUGGAAGCCCAAGCAGCAACAGGUUUCAUUAUUGAUCCCGUAGAGAACAAGAAAUAUUCAGUUGAUGAGGCUCUGAAAGCCAAUGUAAUUGGGUCAGAUUUCUAUGAGAAGCUGCUAUCUGCAGAAAAAGCAGUAACUGGUUACAACGAUCCAUACACAGGGGAUGUUAUCUCUCUGUUCCAGGCCAUGAACAAGGGAUUAAUUGUGGAAGAACAUGGAAUUCGGCUUUUAGAAGCACAGAUUGCUACAGGAGGUAUCAUUGACCCGAAAAAUAGCCACAGAAUCCCUGUAGAAGUUGCUUAUAAACGGGGAUAUUUUGAUAAAAAAAUGAACAUAAUCCUUUCAGAUCCAAGUGACGACACUAAAGGCUUCUUUGACCCAAACACCCAUGAAAAUCUCACUUACUUGCAGCUGAAAGAAAGGUGCAUUCAUGAGUCAUCGACAAAUCUCUGCCUCCUUCCACUGCAAAGCAAGAAGCUUCAGUUUACCAUUAACGAUUACAUCAAAGAGUCCUUUGGAAACCUAGAGAUUUUCGUGAAAUAUGGAAGACUCAGGGGACAAACCGUUUCAGCCUGGGUUCUAAUUAACUCAGAGUAUUUUGCUGAAUGGAAAAGGAGAGAACUCAUAGAAAAGUUCCGACUGAGGAAGGUUACACUGGAACAAAUUACCACUUUAAUUGAAGAGGAAAUGCAGAAAUGGACUGAUAUACGUUUCCCUGCGCUUAGAAAACAGGUCAGCUUGUACCAGCUUCUAGAGUAUGAGAUCAUCGACAAAGAGCUGUUUGAACAGGUUUUGCAUGGAAAAUUAUCAGCAGAGGAUCUACUGAAAAUGGAGAGAGUCCAGAAAUACUUGCAUGGAUCUGGAGUCCUUGGUGGUGUAAUAAUUCAACCAUCUAAACAGAGAAUUGACUUUUAUGAGGCAAUGAAGAGGAACAUCCUGCUCCCUAGCACAAUCCUACCAUUACUUGAAGCCCAGGCCGCCACAGGACAUCUGAUUAAUCCAGCAAACAACCAGAAGCUUUCCGUAGAUGAGUCCCUGAAAGUAGGCAUCAUUGAACCUAAGAUUUAUGAUAGGCUUCUCUCUGCAGAAGAGGCUGUGACAGGAUAUAGAGACCCAUACACAGGAAAGAAAAUAUCACUAUUCCAAGCAAUGCGAAAAGGUCUACUAGAUGAAAAACGCACCAUGCAGCUUUUAGAAGCACAGCUUGCCACUGGUGGAAUAAUUGAUCCAAUUAACAGCCUUCAUCUCCCAGAGUCUGUAGCCAAAAAACAUGGAUACCUGAAUGAAGAAGUACAUAACAGUCUAUCCAACCCCACUGGGGUCACAAAAGCCUACUAUGAUCCCACCAUCAAACAAAUGGUGACGUAUGCAGAGUUGUUAAGCCGCGCAGUGAAGGAUGAAGAUACUGGCAUUUAUUUUUUCCCUUUGCCUCAAGAUUUCAUUGAAGUUCCAGAAGGCAGUUACUCUGAUGAUGAAGUAAAGCAGACAUUCAGCAGCAUCAGAAUCGAGGAAAGAAAUGCAACAUUGUGGGAUCUGAUACACUAUGGAUAUUUCACUGUAGAACAGAUGUAUGAAAUCCUAGAAAAAUACAAGUCUAAGAGAAUAAGAAUAGAAGAGCUAACUACAGAAAUCCUGCAAAUUGUCAAGGCUAACGAAAUCAAGAAGACCACUCACAUUAGUUUCCAGGGUCUACGGGGAAAGGUCCCUGCUGUGUUCCUGCUUGAUUUAAAUAUUAUUACUCAAAAAACAUUUGAUGAACUUGUACAAGGCGUGAUAUCAAUUGAGACAGUAUCACAGAUUGAAAGUGUUAAGAAAUGCUUACAGGGCUCAGGCUCCAUAUCUGGCGUUUUCCUGGAAUCCACAAAAGAGAAAAUAGACAUUUAUCAGGCAAUGAAAAAUAACAUUAUCCUACCCGCCAAUGCACUGAUGCUUCUGGAAGCUCAGGCUGCCACUGGAUAUCUAAUUGAUCCAGCAAAAAAUCAGAAACACGCAGUGAAUGAUGCAGUAAAAGCCGGCUUGGUGGGACCCGAACUUCAUGAAACACUCUUGGCUGCAGAAAGAGCAGUGACUGGGUACAACGAUCCGUACACUGGAAAUAAAAUCUCCCUGGGACAAAUGAUCAGCAAGGGUCUCAUUCCAGACAAAGAGAGCGUACCAUUGCUGCAGGCUCAGUUAUCAGCAGGUGGCAUCAUUGACCCAGUCCACUGCCUGUAUGUCUCAGUGCAACAGUCUUACAAACUGGGUUUGCUGGAUGAAGAAACAUCUGUGUCUACAAAUGAUCUAAAAAUGUACUUUGAUCCAAACACUAAAGAAAAACUGAGUUACAGUCAACUGAAAGAAAGAUGCUAUAAAGAUCCAGAGACUGGUCACCUACUCUUGUCUAUUCCAGAAAGUGCUGCUUUAUAUACAGAUGCCCACAUUAUCGAACUUCUGAAAUCUGCAGAAUUCACAGCCCAGACUGGAAGAUUCAAAGGUCAAACAGUCUCACUCUGGGACCUUCUCAAUUCCGAAUACAUCAGCAUCAGCAAACUGAAAGAACUAAUAGCUAUGUACAAAAGCAGUAAUUCUGAAGUUAUUCAAGAGAUUACAAAAUCUAUCACUAGCAUAAUAGAAGAGACAGACACAACAAGCAACAAGCUGAAGUUUAAAGGUCUCCGGAAACAGGUAUCCGCUAGCGACUUGUUUCAGUCAGAGGUUAUUGACAAGAAAACCCUUGAUGAGCUUAACCUGGGUAAAAAAACCAUCGAUGAAGUGACAGAAAUGGACAAUGUAAAGCGCUAUCUUCAAGGAACUAAUUGCAUUGCAGGAGUUCUUAUACAAUCUACCAAUAAGAAAAUUAGCAUUUAUGAAGCAAUGCUAAAGCAUAUUUUGAGGCCAGGAACUGCCCUGGUCCUUUUAGAAGCUCAGGCGGCUACAGGUUUUAUGGUCGAUCCAGUGAAAAAUGAAAGGCUUUCAGUAGACGAAGCUAUGACCAGUGGACUAAUAGGACAUGAUGUAUAUGCUAAGCUUCUCUCUGCUGAACAGGCUGUAACCGGGUACAAAGAUCAUUACACUGGAGAAAAAAUAUCCCUCUUUCAAGCCAUGCAGAAAAAACUUAUUGUAGAGUGCCACGGAAUCCGGCUCCUGGAAGCCCAGAUUGCCACUGGUGGCAUUAUUGACCCUGUGCACAGUCACAGAGUGCCUGUAGAGGUGGCCUAUAAACGUGGUUAUUUCAAUGAGGACAUGAACAAGAUCCUGUCUGAUCCAGAUGAUGAUACAAAAGGGUUCUUUGAUCCAAACACUCAUGAGAACCUUACUUAUCUACAGCUUGUAGAAAGAUGCAUCCAAGAUCCAGAAACUGGAUUAUAUCUUCUGCAGGUGGUGAAGAAGGGGGAGAACUACUUCUAUUUCACAGACAGAAUAAAAAAAGACUUAAGAUCAAUAACAUUUGAAAUUCACUUUGGAAAGUUCUCUAGUCAAGUAGUAUCAGUCUGGGAAGUUCUGACCUCUGAGUAUAUCACAGACCUAAAGAGACGGGAAUUAGUGAAACUUUACUCAGUGGGGGUCCUCAGCAAAGAUGAGCUGAUAUCUCGUCUCACAGCUCUUGUACAGGAACAUGAAAGUAAAAGCAGCAGUGUGAAAUUUAAGGGAAUCAGAGGUGAAGUCACUGCCACAUCAUUAUUCACUGCAGGCAUAAUUGACAAAAAGACCCUUAAUAAUUUGACAGAAGGCCGGAUCACAGCAGAAAGCGUUGCUGAAAUGGACUCAGUGAAAAGAUACCUGGAAGGAACAGGUGGCAUAGCUGGUGUUACGGUGCUACCCAACAAUGAGGUCAUAAGCAUCUCUAGUGCUAUUAACAGAGGUAUUCUGCAAAAAGACAUUGGCCUGAUACUUCUGGAAGCACAAGCAGCUUCUGGAUUUCUCAUUGAUCCCACCAAGAAUGAGAGGCUUUCCACCACAGAAGCACUCUCUGCCAGUCUUGUUACGUCUGAUAUUCAAGAAGAGCUGGAAACAGCUGAGAAAGCCGUUACUGGGUUUACUGAUCCACUGACCGGAAACAAAAUCUCUCUUUUCCAGGCUGUGGAAAAAGGCAUAUUACAUAAAGAACAAGGACUUUACUUAUUGGAAGCCCAAAUUGCAACUGGUGGAGUGAUCGAUCCAAUCCACAAUCACAGAGUUCCUUUAGAUGUGGCAUUUAGGAGGAGAUGUUUGGAUGAAAACACCUAUAUAUCAGUAUCAAAUGCUGUCAAUAAAAAGAGAUUUGUGGAUCCUAAUACACAUGAAAGAAUAAGCUAUGCAAAUUUGCUAGAGAGAUGUAUUAAAGACCCUGAAAGUGGACUUUAUUUACUUCCAUUGGCUGAGAAAUGUGAUGAUUACUUUUAUAUUGAUGAGCAAACAAAACAUAUUCUGACAGCCACCAGUGUCCACCUGAAUGCAGGGAUAUUUAAAGGCCAAGAUAUUUCCCUGUGGGAACUGCUGUGCUCUUCUUACAUCUCAGCAGACAAAAGAAAGGAACUUAUAAAGAUAUACAAAACCAAGACAUCAUCCACCCUUAAAGACAUCUUUAACACCAUUGUUUCAAUUAUUGAAGACAAGGAACAGAGCCAGGGUGAUAUCUGGUUCCAGGGAUUGAGGAAACAGGUGAAAGCAUCUGAAUUGUACAAUGCUGGAAUUAUUAACCAAGAAACACUUGAAGGUUUAAAACAAGAAACACAGACAGCGACUGAUGUUGCUAAAUUAGAUUCUGUUCGGAGAUACCUAGAAGGAACAAGCAGCAUUGCUGGGGUGUUGGUCACUGCCAAAAAUGAUCCAGAGAAAAAGGAAAAGAUGAGUAUUUAUGAUGCCAUGUUAAAGCGUGUAUUGAGGCCAGGGACAGCUCUCGUCCUUCUUGAAGCUCAGGCAGCUACUGGGUUUGUUAUUGACCCAAUAAAGAACAGAAAAUUGGCUGUAGAAGAAGCUUUAUCUGCUGGACUGAUUGGUUAUGAGAUUUACAACAAGCUUCUAUCUGCAGAGAGAGGAGUUACAGGCUACAAUGACCCUUACACUGGAGAGAAAAUCUCUCUCUUCCAGGCCAUGAAAAAAGACCUGAUUGUGAAGGACCAUGGCAUUCGUCUCCUGGAAGCUCAGAUAGCCACUGGAGGUAUCAUUGAUCCAGUUCACAGUCACCGUGUACCUGUAGAAGUGGCUUAUAAACGUGGCUACUUUGAUGAAGAGAUGAACCAAAUUCUGUCUGAUCCUUCUGACGAUACCAAGGGUUUCUUCGAUCCAAGUACUCAUGAGAAUCUCACAUACAAGCAGUUACUCGAGAGAUGUAUUCAAGAUCCAGACACAGGCCUGUAUUUACUGGAUGUAAAGUACACCAAGACAGCUCCUGUCCAGAGCCAAACUCAGCUGCAGUCCAGAACUAUUCAAGUAACAACUGGUUAUCUCCAAGGCAAAAAUGUCUCCAUCUGGGAACUUCUAUACUCAAAGUACAUUUCAGUAGAAAAACGUGAAGAGCUUCUAAAGAAAUUCACGUCUGGCAAUUUGUCCGUGGAGGAACUUAUAACUAUCCUUCUCAGAAUUAUUACCGAGACAGAGGUAACAUUUAUACCAACAGACACAACAGACUCUGUGAGUCAAGAUAAACAAAUAAAAAUGCUUCUCCAGUCAGAAAAGGUGAAUGUAUCGGUUGGUGACUUCAAAGGACAAAGUGUAUCAUUGUGGGAGCUUUUGAACUCGUAUUACAUCACAGAAGAAAGAAGAAAAGACAUAUUGGAAAAACUAAAGUCAAAAACAUUGAGCAUACAAGAAAUUAUUACCCUUAUUAUUACUAUCAUUACAGAAACAGAAGUCGGCAAGAUAGAGAAGUUGCAGCAAAGUGUAGAAUUAUCUGUGCAACCCACAGUGAAAUCUGAACCAAUGGUGUCUGAUGAUGAAAUCCAAACAGCUUUACAGAGUAUUACUAUUCAGGUCCAGAAAGGAGAGCUUCAAGGACAAGAGCUUUCAAUAUGGGACCUUCUUUACUCCAAACACAUUCCUGAUAGAAUAAAACAAGAGCUGAUUGAUGAUUACAAAUUAACUAUCAAGGAUAUAAUUGAGAUGGUACGUCAGACUGUUGAAGAGCUCGAACAAGAGAGUCGUAAAUCUAUAUUGGCAAAAUACAGCUUGAAGGAAGAAGUUUUCAAUCUUAUACAAACUGUGCAGUUUGAAGUUUUUGUAGGUGAACUCAGAGGUCAAACGCUAUCAGUCUGGGAUUUCCUGAACUCCAGAUACUUUUCCGAAGAGAAAAGGAAGGAGUUGCUAAUAAAGUUAAAUUCUGGAGAGAUACAUAUAGAUGAACUCAUCAAAAUUAUUAUCAGAAUUAUAGAGGAGACAGAAGAGAAAAGUAAAAAAAUUAAAUUCAAAGGCCUCAGGAGACAAGUAACUGCUAAUGAGCUACUCAUUUCUGAAAUCAUUGAUCAGAGCACGUUAACAGAGCUGGCUCAGGGAACAAAAUCAUUGGAAGAAGUGACCCAGAUGGACUCAGUAAAGAGAUAUCUAGAAGGAAGAAGCUCUAUUGCAGGAAUAUUGGUUCCAUCGAUUAAAGAUCCUUCAAAAAAGGAGACAAUGAGCAUAUAUAAUGCCAUGUUAAGGAACAUCUUGAGGCCAGGGACAGCACUAGUGCUUCUGGAGGCACAGGCAGCUACUGGUUUUAUCAUUGACCCCGUGAAAAAUCUGAAACUUUCUGUAGAUGAGGCCUCAGAGGCUGGCAUCUUUGGACAUGAACUUCAUGCAAAGCUCCGUUCUGCAGAGAGGGCAGUAACUGGAUAUACCGACCCCUAUACUGGCGAUAAGAUCUCCCUGUUUCAGGCCAUGCAAAAAGACCUUAUUGUUAAAGAUCAUGGCAUCCGUCUUUUAGAAGCCCAGAUUGCCACAGGUGGCAUCAUCGACCCUGUGCACAGUCACAGAGUACCAGUUGAAGUGGCUUAUAAACGUGGCUACUUCAAUGAAGACAUGACCCAGAUUCUGUCUGAUCCCACGGAUGACACAAAGGGAUUCUUUGACCCAAAUACACAUGAGAACCUCACCUACCUGCAACUUCUCCAAAGAUGUGUCCAAGAUCCAGUUACCGGUCUGUGCAUGCUAGAAAUUAAAGAGAAAACUGCUCCCAGUAUCCAGCAAAGGGAAUCAUCCUUAAGGUCACAAACUGUCCAAAUUAAAAUUGGCAAAUACACAGGACAGAAUAUAUCCAUUUGGGAGCUUCUUAACUCUGUGUAUUUCACAGAAACAGUGGAGAAAAAACAAGAACUUCUAAAGAAAUACAGUUCUGGUACUAUUACUAUUGAGGAGCUAACCACAACUAUCUUGACUAUCAUCGAAGAAUGGGAAAACAAAAAAAGCAGCCAGUACGUAAAUGGGUCCAGUGUUAGCCAGUUAGACCAACAAGUUAUGAAACAAAAUCAGCCAUCUGACCUUCAAUCUGCACUUGUUUCUAUUACUACAGGCAAGUUCCACGGUCAACAGCCGUCAGUGUGGGACCUAUUAAACUCUGAAUAUUUCACAGAAAGCAAGAGAGAGGAACUUCUCCAUAAGUACACAACAGGAGUUUGGACUCUUGAAGAGAUCAUUAAACUUACAACAACCAUAAUUAAUGAAACAGAAGAGACAAAAAUUACAGAAAAAAUCACUUCUCCCAUUAAGGCUGAUGAAACGGUUUUAACAGAAACAGAUAAACAACUUUGCAAAGCAUUAAGUGCUUUCACCAUUAUUGCUCCAAUGGGAGAACUCAAAGGAGAGAAGGUGUCUCUCUGGGAAAUUCUCCACUCCAAAUACAUUUCUGAAAGUGAACGAGUAGGCCAGUUGAAUAAGCAUCGCAUUGCUGUGGAAAAUCUGAAACAAGCUAUUCUUAAGUUAAUUGAAGGUGCUGAAGGAAAAACGGAUGAAGAGAUUCAGCAAGCUUUGGAAUUGAGAAUUACGGAGAUAAAUAUUGGGGAAUUCAAAGGACAAAAACUUUCUGUGUGGUUUCUGCUUCACUCCAAGUACAUUAGUGAAGAGAAGAGGAAAGAACUGCUGGAAUGGUACAACGCAGGGAAAUUUACAGAGGAUGAACUGUUACGGUUUAUUAUUACCAUCAUUGAGGAGACAGAAGAAAGGAUUACUGGUUUGGAGUUCCAGGGUCUCAGGACAAAGGUCUCUGCUAAAGAGCUGCUUGAGUCUAACAUAAUUGAUCAGACUACUAUGAAUGAGUUGAGCCAGGGGAGCAGAACUUUUGAGCAAGUCACUCAGAUGGACUCUGUUAAGAGGUACCUUGAAGGAACCAACUGUAUUGCUGGUGUAUUUGUUACCUCUAAGAAAGACUCCUCAGAGCGAGAAAAGAUGAGUAUUUACGAUGCCAUGUUAAAGCGUGUAUUGAGGCCAGGUACAGCUCUUGUUCUCCUUGAAGCUCAAGCAGCUACUGGGUUUGUAAUUGACCCGAUGAAGAAUAAGAGACUUUCUGUGGAUGAAGCUUUAUCUGCUGGACUGAUUGGUCAUGAGAUUUAUGAUAAACUUCUGUCUGCAGAGAGAGGAGUUACAGGCUACAAAGACCCUUACACUGGAGAGAAAAUCUCCCUCUUCCAGGCCAUGAAAAAAGAUCUGAUUGUGAAGGACCAUGGCAUCCGUCUCUUGGAAGCUCAGAUUGCCACUGGAGGUAUAAUUGAUCCAGUUCACAGUCAUCGUGUACCUGUGGAAGUGGCUUAUAAACGUGGCUACUUUGAUGAGGAAAUGAGCCAGAUCCUCUCUGAUCCUUCUGACGAUACCGAGGGAUUCUUCGAUCCCAAUACUCAUGAGAACCUCACAUAUAUUCAAUUAAUGGAGAGAUGUAUUCAAGAUCCAGACACAGGCCUGUAUUUGCUGGAUAUAAAUGACAGUAAGGUAUCGCCUCUCCGUAGCCAAACACAAACUCAUCUGGAGUCCAGAACUCUUCAAACAAAAAUCGGUUACUUCCAUGACAAAAAUGUUUCCAUCUGGGAACUUCUCAACUCAAAGUACAUUUCAGCUGUGAAAAGAGAAGAACUAUUGAAGGUGUACACAUCUGGCAGUCUGUCCAUAGAAGAACUUAUAGAUAUCCUUAUCACAAUCAUUAUUGAGACAGAGUUCAAGUCAGAAAUGGUAGAGAUAUUUGAUGGUGAAUUCAAAGGGCAAAGCAUUUCAUUGUGGGAGAUUCUCCACUCUUCUUACAUCACAGAAGAAAAAAGGAAAGACCUGUUGGAAAAAGCUAAAUCGGGAACUUUGACUGUACAAGAAAUUAUUACUCUUGUGACUAUCAUCAUAAAACCAGAAGCCAGCAAGGUUGAGAAGUCGAAGCAAACUGUAGAAUUAUCUUCGGAGUUAACAGUGAAAUCUGAUCAUUCUGUGCAUGAUGAGGUCAUUCAUAGAGAGACAUUGCAGAAAACUCUACAAUUAUCUGUACAACAAACAGUGAAAUCUGACCAAUCUGUGCAUGAUGAUGAAAUUCAGAGAGCCUUAGAGAGUAUUAUCAUCCAGGUGAACAAAGGACAAUUUCAAGGCCAACAGGUUUCCGUGUGGGACAUUCUUAAUUCUAAUUACGUUCCUGAGAGCAGAAGAAAGGAACUUCUUGGGAAUUACAAAUUAACUGUUCAAGACAUUAUGGAGAUAGUUAUUCAGUCUAUUGAAGAAGUGGAAUAUGGGAGCAACAAAUCUUUAAAGGCAAAAUAUAACCUGAAAGAUGAGGUAUUUAAUAUUAUACAGACUGUCCAGGCUGAAGUUUCUAUAGGAGACUUCAAGGGUCAGAGACUUUCUGUAUGGGAUCUCCUGAGUUCAAGAUACUUUUCCGAGGAAAAAAAGAAGGAAUUGCUAGAGAAGAUAAAUUCUGGGUCAUUAAAAGUACAUGAACUAAUCAAAAUAAUUAUUACGACCAUUGAAGAGAUAGAAGAGCGCAGUAAAAGUUUAAAGUUUAAAGGCCUCAGGAGACAAGUAACUGCUAAUGAGCUGCUUAGUUCUGAAAUAAUUGAUCAGGCAACUCUGACAGAACUAGCUCAGGGAAGAAAAACUGUAGAAGAAGUGACCCAAAUGGACUCAGUAAAAAGAUACCUAGAAGGGAGAAGCUCUAUUGCAGGAAUUCUAGUUACAUCCAGUAAAGAUCCUUUAAAAAAGGAUACAAUGAGCAUAUAUAAUGCCAUGUUAAGGAACAUCUUGAGGCCAGGGACAGCACUAGUGCUUCUGGAGGCACAGGCAGCUACUGGUUUUAUCAUUGACCCCGUGAAAAAUCUGAAACUUUCUGUAGAUGAGGCCUCAGAGGCUGGCAUCUUUGGACAUGAACUUCAUGCAAAGCUCCUUUCUGCAGAGAGGGCAGUAACUGGAUAUACCGACCCCUAUACUGGCGAUAAGAUCUCCCUGUUUCAGGCCAUGCAAAAAGACCUUAUUGUUAAAGAUCAUGGCAUCCGUCUUUUAGAAGCCCAGAUUGCCACAGGUGGCAUCAUCGACCCUGUGCACAGUCACAGAGUACCAGUUGAAGUGGCUUAUAAACGUGGCUACUUCAAUGAAGACAUGAACCAGAUUCUGUCUGAUCCCACGGAUGACACAAAGGGAUUCUUUGACCCAAAUACACACGAGAACCUCACCUACCUGCAACUUCUCCAAAGAUGUGUCCAAGAUCCAGUUACCGGUCUGUGCAUGCUAGAAAUUAAAGAGAAAACUGCUCUCAGUAUGCAGCAAAGGGAAUCAUCCUUAAGGUCACAAACUGUCCAAAUUAAAGUUGGCCAAUACACAGGACAGAAUAUAUCCAUUUGGGAGCUUCUUAACUCUGUGUAUUUCACAGAAACAGUGGAGAAAAAACAAGAACUUCUAAAGAAAUACAGUUCUGGUAUUCUCACUAUUGAGGAGCUAACCUCUACGAUCUUGACUAUCAUCGAAGAAUGGGAAAACAAAAAAAGUAGCCAGUAUGUAAAUGGGUCCAGUGUUAGCCAGUCAGACCAACAAGCUAUGAAACAAAAUCAGCCAUCUGACCUUCAAUCUGCACUUGUUUCUAUUACUACAGGCAAGUUCCACGGUCAGCAGCUGUCCGUGUGGGACCUACUAAACUCUGAAUAUUUCACAGAAAGCAAGAGAGAGGAAUUUCUCCAUAAGUACACAACAGGAGUUUGGACUCUUGAAGAGAUUACUAAAAUCGUCACAACCAUAACUACUGAAACAGAAAGUGAAAUUACAGUAACAAAAACUCUCAGUGUUGGCACUGAAUCCUUUUCUCUUAGUCCCGUUGUUUACACACAGACAGAUGAACAACUUCGUAAAGCUUUAAAUGCUAUUACAGUCCAUGUUGCAGCAGGAAAGUUGGGGGAGCAGAAGGUGUCUCUCUGGGAUAUUCUCCACUCUAAAUAUCUUUCAGAAGAUAAACGAGAUGGUGAGCUGGACAAGCAUCGGGCCACUGUGAACAAAUUGAAAAAAGUUAUUCUUAAAAUUGUUGAAGGUGCAGAAGGAAAAUCUGAUGAAGAGAUCCAGCAAGCAUUGGAAUUGAGAAAUAUAGAGAUAAAUAUUGGGGAAUUCAAAGGACAAAAACUUUCUGUGUGGUUUCUGCUUCACUCCAAGUACAUUAGUGAAGAGAAGGGGAAAGAACUGCUGGAAUGGUACAAAGCAGGGACAUUUACAGAGGAUGAACUGUUACGGUUCAUUAUUACCAUCAUUGAGGAGACAGAAGAAAGGAUUACUGGUUUGGAGUUCCAGGGUCUCAGGACAAAGGUCUCUGCUAAAGAGCUGCUUGAGUCUAACAUAAUUGAUCAGACUACUAUGAAUGAGUUGAGCCAGGGGAGCAGAACUUUUGAGCAAGUCACUCAGAUGGAAUCUGUUAAGAGGUACCUUGAAGGAACCAACUGUAUUUCUGGUGUAUUUGUUACCUCUAAGAAAGAUUCCUCAGAGCGAGAAAAGAUGAGUAUUUACAAUGCCAUGUUAAAGCGUGUAUUGAGGCCAGGGACUGCUCUUGUUCUCCUUGAAGCUCAAGCAGCUACUGGGUUUGUAAUUGACCCGAUGAAGAAUAAGAGACUUUCUGUGGAUGAAGCUUUAUCUGCUGGACUGAUUGGUCAUGAGAUUUAUGAUAAACUUCUGUCUGCAGAGAGAGGAGUUACAGGCUACAAAGACCCUUACACUGGAGAGAAAAUCUCCCUCUUCCAGGCCAUGAAAAAAGAUCUGAUUGUGAAGAACCAUGGCAUCCGUCUCUUGGAAGCUCAGAUUGCCACUGGAGGUAUUAUCGAUCCUAUCCACAGCCACCGUGUACCUGUUGAAGUGGCUUAUAAACGUGGCUACUUUGACGAAGAGAUGAAUCAAAUACUUUCUGAUCCCUCAGAUGACACCAAAGGAUUCUUUGACCCCAAUACUCAUGAGAACCUCACAUAUCUACAACUUCUUCAGAGGUGUGUUCAAGAUCCAGAAACUGGUCUUUUUAUGUUGGAUGUGAAUGACAGAAAAACUUCUUUCAAAAUUGAUCACCAACAAAAAAAUGUAUUGCAGUCGUAUACUUUUCAUAUGACUGGUGAUGAAGACAAGGAGAUGUCUCUUUGGGAUGUUUUGUAUUCUCAGCACAUUUCAGCAGAGAAAAGAGAAGAACUUCUUAAAAAAUACCAGUCUGGCACUUUAACAAUUGAGGAACUCAAAAUUAUUAUCAUUACCAUCAUUACAGAGACAAGGAAAGGACAAAGUCAAGAUUUUGGUUCUACAAAGCAAGAUGUGGAAAUUCAGGAAUCACUUCAGUCCGUUCAUAUAAAUAUCUCCAAAGAAGGCAUUCAAGAAGAAUCCAUGUCAGUGUGGGACUUUUUAAACUCAAAAUAUAUCUCUGAGAAUGAAAGAAUCGAUUUGUUGACCAAGUUCAAAUCAGGAAACUUGACGAUUGAGGAACUAAUUAAAAUAAUCAUAACCAUUAUUCAAAAGACAAAGGUAGAAGCAAUACAACAUGUAACUACAAAGACACAGUUUAUUACAGAGGAGACUAAGGGGUCAUCAGUUUCCAGUGAAGCUAGUCAGUGGCCUACAGAAGACCAGCUUCAGAAAGCCUUGGAAAUUAUUCCAUCCACAAUUACAGAGCAUCACAGCCAAACUCAAAUUCAAGAAAGUAGUGUUUCUGUUUGGGAUCUUCUGCAUAGUGAGAGUGUGUCUGUUGAAAAGAGGAAGGAACUAUUACAAACAUACAAACAUACAGUCAAUGAGAUUAUGAGCGUUUGCACCAGCAUCAUUCAAGAAGGUGAAGGCACUAUCAACUCACCCGAAUCUGCUGCCAGCAGUUCAUUUAAAGACACUGAUCUCUUAUCUGAAGACACAGAGUUAACAUCAAACCGCAUUCAAACUCAAAACUCCCUGAUGGCAGUCGAGGUGGAUGUGACAGUGGGUAGUAACCCAAGUCAGAAAAGUUCACUUUGGCAGCUGCUACAUUCAUCAUAUUUCACAAAUGAGAAAAAGGAUGAGCUCCUUGUAAAAUUUGAAAGUGGAACUUUGACUCUUGAAGACCUCAUGAAGUGUAUUAUUACCGUCAUAGUGGAAGCAGAGAAAACUAAUGUAAAAGUGUCAAGUCAUCGUGCUAUAACCAUUAAAUCAGGAAAUGUUGAACAUGAUUUCCUUCCCAAACCAAUUGAAAAGUCCCUGCAGUCAUUAUCUGUUUCCAUCUCCAGCAGGGAGUUCCAUAAUAGGAACAUAUCUCUAUGGGACAUAUUGCAUUCUAAGAACAUCAGUGAUGACAAUCGUCAAGCAUUCCUAACGAAGUACUAUGGAACAAUUGUAGAAGUCAGUACAAUCCUAACUAACGCAUCACAAACAACAAUUAAAACAGUUACUCAGGUACAUGAGAGAACCACAGAAGACUUCUUAAAGUCUGUCACUGUGCAGGUCAGCAUUGGAGAAUUUAAAUUAGCAGGAAAAUCUCAUUCACUCUGGGAACUCCUGCACUCUAGAUAUGUUACAGAAACCAAGAGAAAGGAGCUAAUUGAUAAGUUUGAGUCUAAAGUUCUAACAUGGGAAGAGAUCUUCAAAAUUAUAACCACCAUUAUUAAAGAGACUGAAGAGAGGAGCAGGAAUCUGACAUUUAAAGGACCACUAUAG